AUGAAGACCUUCAGGCUCCUUCUGCUCUCUCUUCUCUGCCCCUUCAGUGGAGUAUGUCCAAUGGCCGUCACGUUUGGGCUUCUGAGUGGAAUUCUUUCUGUCGUUGUGGCUGUUCUUGCCCUGAAGAACAGAAGUCUUCAGAAAGUCAUUAAAGAGCUGCAGGAAAACUCCAACGAGAUUGAGUCCCAGGAGCUGAACUACGCAGAAGUCAAUGUCAGAGCUGCACAAAGACCACAGCGUUCACUCAGACAGAUGGAGCCUCAUGUGGUUUACUCGAGUACAAGAUGA